CCGCCACCGCCUGCUUGUCAAACCGAGCCUCCUCCUCCGCUUACUGUCCCCUCCCAGCGGGUCUCCCUCCCUUCGCCACUGCAGUGAAAGCCUCGGAACGGGAGAGACGGCCAGACGGAGAAGAGGAGCCUGAAGCUGGGUAUAAAGCCAGGACGAUACCUCACAGAGAACCACAACUACCAUAUUGUUUUUCUGUCCCGCUCCUCGCCACAGCUCGGCGGCUCUACCGACUCCCCCCCCCUCCCCCGGUUGGACCUCUUUUCCGCUCACAUCGCCUGGAUUUCAUCAUCCGACCUGCAAGAUGGGAAAUGAAGCCAGUUACCCCCUGGAGAUGUGCUCGCAUUUCGAUGCUGAUGAGAUUAAGAGGCUAGGGAAGAGGUUUAAGAAACUCGACCUAGAUAACUCCGGCUCGCUCAGCGUGGAGGAGUUCAUGUCGCUGCCGGAGCUGCAACAGAAUCCGCUGGUGCAAAGGGUUAUCGACAUAUUUGACACAGACGGGAACGGAGAGGUGGACUUUAAAGAGUUCAUCGAGGGAGUCUCACAGUUCAGCGUCAAGGGGGACAAAGAACAGAAGCUCCGGUUCGCCUUUAGGAUCUACGACAUGGACAAGGACGGCUACAUCUCCAACGGCGAGCUCUUCCAGGUGCUGAAGAUGAUGGUAGGCAACAACCUGAAGGACACGCAGCUCCAGCAGAUCGUGGACAAAACUAUUAUCAACGCAGACAAGGACGGAGAUGGCAGGAUAUCCUUUGAAGAGUUCUGUGCAGUGGUCGGAGGUCUCGAUAUACACAAAAAGAUGGUGGUGGACGUGUGAGCGCUCCUCCGCUUGCUGACUCCCCCCCUUCCUCCUCGACACUCGCUUUCUCCACCAUCUCUGAAGAUCUGCUCAAGACGUCCGGCAAAGCGCUCUCUGUGUAACUCAAUGGAAGUAUUCUCUCUCUCUUACUCUUCUUCUUUCUUUCUUUCUUUCUCUCUGUGAAGCCACUUUUUCUUUCAAAAAGAACCACGGGCCUCGUGAAGCCAACUUUGAAGUGUUAUUGAACUGUAAAUCCUCUCAAUAACCCGGUCGUAGCACUUUAAGAGACUGAAGGACAUCUAUUUGUCACUCGCAAGAGCAACUCCAAUUUUGGAUGAGGGGGGAGAGGCUGGUUGGCUUGUUCAUAUUUCAUCCUUUCUUUUUUCUUUUUUUGUUAAUUGUUAUUUUUGAUAUUUAUUUUUUGUUCUUGUCUUUUAUAAAGAAGAAAAAAUACAAGUAUAUCUACGGUUGUCUCGUGAGGGGAAAGUGUAUAGCAUAUUAACACUUGACUUACAGUACAACUAGAAAGUAGGGUAUGAAGUGCCAACCAGAACAUAUCCAGAAACCAGUCCAAGUUAUUACCUGUCAUCACCGCUGUCGCUCACACCGACACUUCCGACUGCACGACCUCGAGUCAUAUUACAUGCAAGACUAAAUUUCUGACUUUCUGUCCUCACUUUUAGCUCACACACACACACACACACACACACACACACACAAAGCUGUUUGGAUUAGACCAGUGAAGCUUCCAGACACUCAGCAAAGCAGUUCAUGUUUCUCCUUUACUUGUGAUAAGAUUUAUAGUUUUAUUCAUACUUAAGAAUGUGUUUAUCCUCGUUUCCUGUCAUGAAAUCAUAGGUAGAUCAAAUUAAUGCCAAGAAAAUGUCUUUCCAAAAUAUUGUGGCUGCAAACUGAUACAUGGUUUACUCUCGACGAAGCAUUUUGCAUUUACCAGUGUGCAUCCACGAGACAAUCUCCAAAGCAAAACACAGCUCUGCGCUCACACUGACGAAAUGAACUGUAGUGGAAAGAUUAGAUUUAUAUUUAACGUUCAGAACAGAGGCUGAUGGCAAAGAACUGAGAGUGAGUAGAGAAUGGAGUACAUAACGAUUUAAGAGACUUAUCUGCAGGCAGCGUUUUUUAACCAAUAUGUGUAUAUUAGGUAAUCAAUGUGCGCUCGAGGAGACGGCUUUGCCUCUGCUUCACAUGAGCCCUUCUGAAUACUUACCUUUCUCGGUACAGAGCAGGACGGGUCCGUUUUCUUUAACGCAACACGAACACUUAAAAUCUUAACACGUUGGCAUGAUCAGUGUGCAAUGGGAUAGAGUGUAUAUUGUAGUUUAUUUUGUUUAGUUUUUAUUUUUGGGAACGUGUACAUUUCAAAAGUUGGCUUCCUCUCCCACUUCUUUUUUCUGUCACGAUCACCUGAUUUUCUCCCCCUCCCACCCACUAACACGCAAACAGGGAGAACAACUGAAAUUCAACCAAAUGUUUAUUUCUAAGGGAAAAUGCUUCCUACUAUAAACGGCAUCGGGAUGGCUUUUUUAUUUUUGCUUUGGAGGCCGACUGCAGGUGUGAACAGGAGUUUUCAGUCAGAGAUGUGAAUCAGGAGCGCUCCGUUGUCCCUCAUCCCAAAGCUCUGCACGGCUUGGGCCUCCCUGUGCUUGCAUGACAUGGAAAUAUAUUUUUUGUUGUGCAUGUAGAUGCAUUUUUUGAAAUAAUCCUCUUGUUUACACAUGGAUGGUGAUGUUAAUAUAUUUAAGAAUUUAAUGGUAUACAAUAUGGAUGUUGCCAAACUUUGGUAAAUGUACACAUAUUAUGAGAGGUAAUCCAAAUGAACUGAACUACAUGUAACUUUUUGUAUUUUACCCGGGUCAGCCAGAUGCUUCUAUUCCAGUAAAAGUUGCAUAUCUGAUCCUGUCUCAAACUGCCACACACUGUACUCAGCUUAAAGGGGAAAUUUUGAUGUUUUUUUUUUCCUUUCUUUUGUAUAUAAGUAUUUGUUAAAUGCAGUUCUGGCUCUCUGUUCUCUGUAUAGUUCAGACCGCGCUUUAGUUUGUAAGUGCUAUUUUUUCUCAGAGGGACUUGGGUUCUUUUUAGUUUGUGUGGGGGAUAUCUGAAAAGAUUUAAGUUUGAGAACCUUUUUUUUUUCCUUUUUCUGCAUGCUGCAUCUUAUGCUGUGGGACUGUUGGAAACUUGAUACUGUAUGAAAAUUAAAUAAAAUUUAAAUAAACUUUGAAAUGUUGAAAGUAA